UCUUUGUUGUCCAAUUUGUCACCCUCUAAGGCUACUGGUCCUGAUGGUAUUCCAGCUUACCUUCUAAAGCGAUGUUCUGAGGUAAUUGCCCCUUCUUUGACUGCUCUCUUUGAGUUAUCUCUUCAGCAGGGUGUUUUUCCUUCUGAAUGGAAAGCCGCUAAUGUCGUGCCUAUACCCAAAAAAGGUGACACUCAUGAGGUCACUAACUACAGACCAGUUUCCUUACUCUCUCAAGUCUCAAAAGUUCUCGAACGUUUAAUUUUUAAUCAGGUUUCUUCUUUUGUUGAAAACUCCUUGUACGACCUUCAACAUGGCUUUCGCUGCAAAAGGUCGUGUGUUACUCAAAUUUUGAGUGUACUUCACGACCUUGGUCGUACUCUUGAUUCUGGAAAGGACACAGACCUCAUUUAUCUCGACUUUGCUAAAGCGUUUGACUCGGUGUCCCACAGCAAACUUUUGUUCAAACUUAAAUCGUUUGGAAUCUCAGGUCCACUUCUUAACUGGUUUGCUGAUUUCCUUCGUGAUCGCAAACCGUGUGUUGUCAUUGAAGGAGCUUCCUCAUCUUUUCUUAAUGUUACCUCUGGGGUGCCACAAG